AAACUGCCUCACUUCUCUUUAGUAAACUCCUUUUGUUUUGUGAACUCGUUUCGAAGCAUGGCUUUGCCUGAUAGCGACGAUAUCGAACGGUUUUUGAGGAAUGUUGACCAGAUAGAUGAGUUGGUAAAAGAGUUAAAGUCCAAUGAUAUCUCGUGUCAAGAGAAAACAUUUGCGAAGGUGGAUCAAUUUAUUUCAUCUUUGGAGGAGGUGGAACAAUGUAAAACCACAAUCAAUAAGACGGUUAUUAACAAACAUCCCUCAUCUGAAAAUUUGCCCCAGAACAUCCAGAAUGGAUCAAAUCAAAAUCCAGAGAAUUUCUUGAGGACAUUAGAGAAAGAUGCCGAAGAGCGACGUCAUGGAAGAAAGAUGAGAGAGGAAAAAGCCAACGCGUUAAAGGAGCAGGGGAAUGAGGCUUUCACUCAAGGUGACUACGAAACGGCUGUCAAAUUUUAUACCGAAGGCUUGGAGCAGCUGCGUGACAUGCAGGCUCUCUAUACAAACAGGGCUCAGGCCUUUAUCAAGUUGAAGAGAUAUAAGGAGGCCAUAAGUGACUGUGAGUGGGCUCUGAGGUGCAAUAAUAAGUGUAUCAAAGCAUACAUACACAUGGGGAAAUCUCACCUAGCACUCAAGGAUUUCCCACAGUCCAGGAUUUGCUAUCAAAAAAUUUUGGAGAUAGAGCCACAGCGGGAGACUAUGGUCAAAGCUUAUCUGAGACAAGUGGAUUUGGAAGAGAAGGUGGCUCUCCAGGAAAAGGCGGCUUGGGAAGAGUUACAAGCGGGAACAGGACAGGCCAUGGCAGUAGCAGAACUGCUGAAGAAACUCGACAGACCCAAUGAAAUCCAUCUUUACUACUGUGGUGGAUUGGAGCUGCUCUCACAGGCUAUUAAAGAUUGUACUGGGCAGACAUUAUUCAGAUUAAACAAUGGCUUCAUUAUCAUUAAUGGCAAUAACAUUGUAAGAAGCUGCCUCUCACAGAAUUCAAAAGAUCCAUAUGCUGUGGAUCUAUGCAUGUCCGUAGUCAAACUAUGGAGGACAGUAUGCAGUGGAAAUGAGCAGAACCAACAGCUGUUGAUGGAGUGUCCCGUUACUAGACAACACAUAGUCCAGAUGUUGGGAUCACCGGAAUGUGAAAUACAGAGGGAAAGCCUGGAAUUGCUCAGCUUGUACUCACAAACUCAGCACGGAAGGGACGUGCUCAUCGACAACCUUGAUUUAUGCCAAACGGCUGAGAACCUGGUGAGCUGCGUUUGCCGCGAUACGAGCUCCGUGACGGCGCUGACAGUUCUGGAGGACUUGGCUGCAGUAAAUAAAUUUAAGAUUCAGUCAAGGGAGAUCUUCACAGCUGUUUUUGCCCUUCCUCUUGAACAUCUGCUGUCAAAUAUGACAGUUGACUACAACAUCCUGGCUUCUGUGAUUUCUGUGAUCGGGACCAUGGCUCUGGAUAAUGUCAUCAAUAAAAAUCUGGCAGGACGUAAAGAAUUUUGGAGAUGCUCUCUUCAAGCAAUGGAGCGGUGCGUCGCCUGUGAAUGUAGAAGUGUCCUCUAUCCCCUCCUGGGUUUGAUGAUCAACUUAGCCUCAAAUCCCUCUCAAGUUGUCCAGGAGUACGCUGUUCUGGCCAGCAGCAGGUGCUUGGACCUGCUGAGCGAUUCCUCUGGAGGCAUCAUCACAAGAGCUGCAGGUUUGCUGAGCGUUCUCCUCCCGAUGUCUUCUGAUGCCACUCAGGAAGUUGUGCGGAAGGGAAUAGUGAAGAAACUGCUGAAGAUUCUGAAGGUUGGAGGAGAGAUGAGCUCCAGAUACUCCAUUAAAGCCCUGACAGUCUGUACUGCCUCAAUCCCACAGGCUUGUGAGGAGCUGGUUAAGCUUGACAAACGACUGCACACUUUGAGAAAACUCCUGGGCGGCAUUGACGAGUUGGUGGUGGGGAACGCAGCUUUGUGUAUGGGGCAUUGCUUAGAAGUGGAUGGAGCAGCCAGUGGUCUCCUGGGUACAGACUGCGUACCGUUGCUGCUACGCCACACCGCUGGUGAUGCCAAAAGAGCAGCCGUUCGGCAAAACGCAGCCAUCACCCUUGGGAAGCUGUGCAAAAUAGAGCCCAGGCACAUGAACGAACUCAGGGAGCUUCAUGGUUUAGAAAUCCUUCAUUCCUGUGCGAGAUUGAUCACGUGAGCCACCGGUUCCUCAAUAAUUGACCCCAUAACUCAGGACACACAUGCAAACGCACACACACACAUAAAGAUGAAUGCUGUCCUUAGGUCCUUUGGCUCAUCUUAAGUGAGGCCACAAAUUACUGUCAUGCCUUAAGGCCUUUCUUGAUUAUACAGCUGUUUCUUGUGUUCAUUUUAAUUAGAGAGAAUUCGCAUUGACAUGUGAUUCUGUUAUCUGCUGUUGUAGAGAACAUGUUGCCCCGGGACGAUAUUCGAAACGUUUCAAUAUCCUUUCAUCCCAAAUGGCUUACUUGGGAAGUGUGUUGGCUUGAUUACAUUUUGUUCCCUGUUUGUUGAUAAAUGGAUUAAUGCUAGCUUUCAUGUGUUGAAUAAAAAGAUUAAUAAAACUGCA